AUGACAGAGGACUUGAUGCAAAUCGGUGUGACAUCUACCGGCCUAGAGCAAACUACAGCUGUCCACAGGGAACCUAUUUUAAACGAAAGGUUCGCUAGCGGUUGCCAUAUUCUUUCCUUCUUGCAGAACAGGGAGAUGAUAGAUCGUGGCAUCGACUUGUUUUUCGAGUCUAUUGAGUGUAUUCAUAUUCACUGUGGCGAGUUCAUAAUGAGGCAAUGGCUCUUGCAACUGUGGUCUGCUCAUGGUGACACAUUGGCAAGUCAGAAUCCAGAGCAGAUACAGCAGCUAUGUCAGUUGCUCUGUGAGAACACGGCGACACCGCUGGUAUUUGAUGGCAGCACCACGGCAAGGCAAUGGAUUUGCUCUGCCACUGGCAAUCACAUACGCUGGGGAGUAAUCGCUAUGAUCGCCAAUUAUGUGGGGACAUAUGCAAUGGUAACGAAAUCAUCGGAUCCAUUUUUUCAGGAUUAUAACGUGGAGCGCAAAUCAUUGUUGAACCAUAUGGUCAAGGUUUCAGGUGUAUGUAUCGGAUUUUGCCGAGAAUGCGACACUUUGGAUGAUGCGUUCAUCUGGGCCCUGUUUGAGCACUACAACAUUACCGAAUAUACAAAGGGAGAAGCGUGCUAUGCAACGUACUGUAUUGGCGCCGAAGUAAAUAGUGUCCUUAUUGCGAUGGGCCUUCACCAGGAGGCCAAGGCUAAUGGCCAAAUUCCUUUUUUCCUCGCUGAGCUACGCAAACGACUUCGAGUAAUGGUUUACACAGCAGAAAUCAGCAUAGCCACGUUCCUAGGCCGCUCACCACGACUUUCGCAUCGUUAUAUGAAUUUACAUCUGCCGCUAGACCUGACGGACUCGCAGCUAUUCUCGGAAGAUCCACAAGAGCUAGCUGUCGCUAUUGCUAAGCUGGAUGAGCAGGGUUACAAUCAAGACGGAGAGAUCCGCCACGUCUCUUGGAUAAGGUCUUCUAUCAGCUUCACGAAAAGGAGAGAGGAGGUCCUAGAGCUGUCACUCGGGAACUACACUCCAGACGAGGUACGGCAAAUUGCAGACGUUAUACAGCAAAAAACCGAAGAACACUGGGCAACUCUUCCGCACAUUAUGUCGAGCUUAAGAGAAGGUGUAUUUGGGCUUGAAACACAGGAGGUCAUCGACCUACACUUUCGAAAUGUCUUUCGUCAAGGUCCGCAGGCCAACUCACUUCUACUGCACCGCGUACUUAUGCGGAAAGCCGGCACUGGUCCGGCAGAAUUAAUACAUGCGGCACAAGCAAUCCUAAGUGACGUGAUGCGACUGUACAAGCGUGUCGAAACGUCGGCAGCAACGUCUUUCAUCUAUUUUCUGGCAGUACAUGGACUGCGCAGCGCGGUUAUACUGGCGGUAGAACUCUUAAAGCAGGAGCAGCUCCCGGUGUACCCAAACGAACCGCUUCUGCCUCGGAGUAGGACAAUCCAAGAUUUAUGUAUCUUCACAGCCAACAUUAGCGAUUUGGAUCCAAUGUUUGGAGACAAAGAUCUUUGCGAGAAGGGCCGAAAAGUGAUAUCUCGAGUCCUUGAUAAAAUCCCAAGUCCUCCGAAGACCGCAGAUCGACAUUGCCAUCUCUAUCCGAUGCAAACACAGCAGCUAGCUACUAACACAUGUACCAACGAUACGUUUCAGAACACACAUAUGCUAGAGAGAUACGUGGUGAUGGAUGACCUGGAUUAUGAUAUGACGACGCCGAUUUAUGGUCCAGAUCACGCAUUUAGGCUGUGGAUGGAAAACAUCAAUGGACAGAACUGA